AUGGCAGACGUCCCCGCUUUAUACCGGCCAGGAUCAACCUUGAACAUCACCACAUCGAAACUCUACCAUCUUACCGUCGUUGUUGAGAAGGUUUUUACCCCGUUUACAACUAGCCAAGUCUUGGUUGUUCGCAUUCUCUCGCCCCUGCCCAGCCAUCCGUUCCUUCUCAAUUCUUUAGCCAUCUUGAAGAUAUAUGAUCCUCGCUACCUCGAAGAACGUGAAGCUACAUACUCAUCGGACGACGGCUCCCUCUUGCAGGCAGAGCAUCCUUGGACCUUGGAGAAGGAGAUAGCAGUAACAGAACAUCGCAAGGUUCAUCCUGAUUGCCACAGGGACUGGCAUUGCGACUGCGUGGAUUACGAGGUGAAUGUUGAACUAAACAUGUACGGGAGGGCAAUAGAUAGCUGGACGCGAGAGGUCGACGCAUACCACAUUCUGGCGGGCUCUUCCCUUUCUGGCUCCACCGUGCCUAUAUUCUAUGACUCUGGCGAUCUAAUCCUCGAUGAAACUCGAGCUAUUAUUGCUCGCGUCAUUCUUCUCGAAUAUAUUCCAGACGUUACAAGUGUUUCUGGUCUAGGAGAUAUCAGGACCAUCGCGCCACGGCAUGUCAGCACUCUCAUCGCGGCUGCGGUCAAACUGAACGAGCUAGGCGUUGUUCAUAGAGACAUCAAUCGCGGAAAUAUCCUGGUUGGUCCGAAGCGUGCAGUGAUCAUUGAUUUUGGCGAGUCCAUCUCUCAGAUACAGGGUGGGAUCAAGAAGUUUUCAGACGAUGAUUGGUGGUUUCAGGUGGAUGGAUCUAAAGAUCCAAUCGCAGUGGAGAGGAUGGUGACGAAACCGGAUCCUACAACCGCGAGUCGGCUCGCAGAUGCAGAUGGUUUCCAAUCAAAGAGGGAAACGACCUGCCGAUUAUCCAACGGUUAUCUUAUCGCACAGGCUUUAAUUGUAUAG